AUGAGUAUGUCAGAAAGACUAGUGCUGAAAUUAAGCUAUUGGAGAAGAGACAUGCAGAAAAGAUGAGAUUAAAGGAACAAAGAAGAAGUGAACAAGAGAAAAACAUUGAAAGGAAGAAAUCCGUUAAGGAAGCUAAGAAGCAGCGUAAACUUGCCAGAAGAGAACAAAGAAAACUAGACGAACAAAAUGGAGAGACAAACAUGCAUCAAGAUAGUGAAAGUGAUAAUGGUAGUGACAGUGAAGAUGAUGAGAAUAAUUACCAAGACGUUCCUGAAGAUAUCGAUAGUGACUUAUUUAGCGAAGUUGAAGAGUAG